AUGGCGUCUCGACAGCGGAUUGUGAAGGCCGAUGGCAAUCCCCCUACAGAGGUGGAGAAGGAAGUUGAUAGGUGUCUCGCGGACAUUGAAAGGAGCAUCGUGGGCCUCGACUACAAACGCAAAAACCUCAAAGUUCGCCCGCGAUCGCGUACACUGACAAGUGUACAAGAUGCAAUGCUUGAUGAUAUUGUCGCCCCCUCAGAAGUUGUCGGACGCAGGUGGCGGGUGCGUGCUGAUGGUUCGAAGCUGAUGAAGGUGCAUCUUGACCCCAAAGACAAAGCAAAAGACAACUUGGAGGAGAAGUUGUGGACAUUUGCUGCGGUGUAUAAACGCCUUACAAACAAAGAUGCUGCCUUCAUGUUCCCUGAACACGUGUACUAA